AUGGAGAUCAGACAUAUCCAUAUGACCUCAAUCGACUUUCCAGUGUUUCUGUGGGCUAGAAAUCCUCCUGGCAGCAGGUACAACAAGGAUGCCAUACAUGAGGGCCUGUUCCAGGGCUAUCUCAUUGAGUGUGUAAGUCUUUCAGUUGAUUAUAUGCGUGUAUCUUACUGA